UAAUUCAGAUUGUAUAAAGAUUGAAUCUUUUUUCUAUGUAUUUUUGAAGCUUUGAAGAAGGCAUCAAAAUUCAACUCCCAUUUUCCUCGUUCAUCAAAUUUUGAUUAAGCAACGACGAUAACAAAGACGACGGUGGACCGUUGACCCAGAGAUUUAGGUUUCUUUUCCGUUGGGUUUUUUGAUCGGAAAAACAAGAGAGAAGAAACAACUUUCAAUUCCAUUGUUGUUGGAGUAAGUUCUUAUUUUUCGUUCUGGGGUUGGUCAAUGUCAUUGGUAUUUUGCUUCUCGAUCUGUAUUAUUCCAUAAAUCCUUAAACUUUCUAUGAAUGGAAAUGGAUAAUAAAACUAGAUAUGUUGAAUUACAAUCCCAGAUUGAUGUUCAGGACCCCAGAUCGCCUGAACUAAAACUUUCCAGUUUUCCCCAUGAUGAAGAAGGUUUGAUUGGAUCCAAAACAUUGAAUGGUUAUACAGAGGGUAAGGAUGAUCUGUUUGAUGAUUUGGAUUUUGAUGUUGAUAGUCAUCCCCUUAUCACUGGGGAGGCUCGAGGCGAGUCGAGGAUUUCAGGGGCUGUGUUUAAUCUCACAACCUCCAUUAUUGGAGCUGGGAUUAUGGCUUUACCUGCCACCAUGAAAGUUCUUGGAGUCGGUUUGGGGUUUGUUUUGAUAGUUUUGAUUGGGAUUUUAUCUGAGUUUAGUGUUGAAUUGUUAGUGAGAUUUUUGGUUAUAUCUAAAUCUUCGUCCUAUGGGGAAGUUGUUCAAUGUGCAUUUGGGAGAUCUAUGAAGGUCUUGACUGAAAUCUGUAUAAUUGUGAACAAUGCUGGUGUUUUGGUUGUUUAUUUGAUUAUUAUGGGUGAUGUUAUGUCUGGUUCUGUUCGUCAUAUUGGGGUUUUUGAUCAAUGGUUGGGACAUGGAUUUUGGGAUCACAGAAAGCUUUUGAUUUUGGUUGUGUUGGUCGUUUUUCUAGCUCCUCUUUGUGCUCUCAACAAGAUUGAUUCCUUGAGUUUGACAUCAGCUGCGUCGGUAGCUCUUGCGGUUGUCUUUGUUAUAGUUGCUUGUGCUAUUGCAUUGAUUAAGCUUGUAGAAGGAAAGGUUGAGCCUCCAAGAAUGAGUCCUGAUUUUGGAUCCAAGAAGGCGAUUUUAGACCUCCUUGUGGUGGUUCCAAUAAUGACAAAUGCUUAUGUUUGUCAUUUCAAUGUCCCACCAAUAUACAACGAGCUCGAAACAAGGUCUCCUCAGAAGAUGAAUACAGUGGGGAGGGUUACAACUGUGAUAUGUAUUGUGGUUUAUGCUUUGACUGCCAUAUCCGGUUAUUUACUUUUUGGAAAUGACACCGAGUCAGAUGUGCUGACCAACUUUGACAGGGAUUUAGGAAUUCGAUUCAGCUCCGCAUUAAAUUACAUCGUUCGAAUUGGUUAUAUUCUUCAUUUAGUUCUUGUUUUUCCUGUUAUCCAUUUCUCCUUACGACAAACUGUCGACACAUUGAUAUUCGAGGGAUCAGCGCCACUUUCAGAGAGCAGGAAAAGGUCUCUGAUUUUGACAAUAGUUUUGUUGGCUCUGAUCUAUAUUGGUUCAACUAUGAUUCCCAACAUUUGGACGGCCUUUAAAUUUACAGGGGCAACAACAGCAGUCUCUUUGGGAUUCAUAUUUCCAUCAGUUAUUGCAUUAAAGCUAAGCAAGAACAGUGGGCAGGGGAGCUUGAAUGCAACAGAAAAGCUCCUAUCAUGGUUAAUGCUAGGGCUGGCUUUCAUUGUUGGUAUUGUUGGAUUGAUUGGUAAUAUCUACAGCUUAAGCAAUCAUUCUGAGUAACCAUUCUUUUAAGUGUUUCGAAGUACAUUUUUGCAUAAGGUUCGUCGAUUCAUGUUAACUGAUCUUUCAGAGCUAGAUUUUUUUGGCGCGAUAUUCGUUACCACGCCUGCGUAAUUCAAGAAUUCAUACAUAAUGGCAUCACUUGAGGUAUGAAAAAGACAGUUUUGUUUUGCAGCAUUCCUCGAGAGUUAUGUAACCAUUAUUGAGAGAGUUGUGUACCCUAUCAUUUGGAAUAUUGCAUGGAUAAAUUAAAAGUAGGUGUCAGAAUUUUCUCGAACAAGAUACUACAUAAGUUUAUUUGAUAUUGUUUUGCAUUAGUGAAAGAUUCAGCUCUUAGAAUAAGGAAAAUUUACUUCUAUUCAAUGCAAACUCUUCUUGAUCAAACAA